AUGGCCUUUGUCAUUAGAGGAUCAGAGGAAAAUAUGGUUGUGACACUGGAAGCCAUCAAGGGUGGUGGAGGAUCUGUCAAAGUAGGUACUACCGGAACAAUCAGUGCCUUGAUGUCAAGGGAAUUAGAAUCAACAAAGUCUAGGAAUAAAUCAACUAAAGGUUCUAAUACUAUGCCUAACAAUGCUACCACUGCCAAAAGACUAAAGCGAAGAACAUCACUGGAUGAAGCGAGCAGCAGUAGCUCCAUAUCCAAGAAAAGCCCAGAAAUUGUUCAGAAAACAAAACACUACAACUGCAAAAGCCACCAAAUACCUAUGCUGGAAUCUGAUAAUAUAUCCUUAGAUGGAACUCCUGUUAGAGCUAAACCUGGUAAGAGAGGACCUUACAUAGUUGAAGUCGUGGACAUAAAAUGCGGCAAUGUAGAUAGGGCAUGGGCCAGCCCCAUAGCAAGUAGACUCAAGAAGCUUGGUUUCUCAAAGCUUUCUGAGAGCAUAGCCUAA